ACGGGGAGCUUUGCAGCUGUUCUCCGAAUGAAUACAGUCAAAUGCUACUAGCUAGCUAAUCCACUCACUGAGCCUGAACAGGAGCCACUAGCUGAGCAAACCAUGGGUUUGCUGUCGAUUCUGCGAAGACUGAAGCACUCUCCGGACCAGGAGGUGCGGUUACUGUUGCUAGGGCUGGACAAUGCUGGCAAGACCACCCUGCUUAAACAGCUAGCCUCAGAGGAUGUCAGCCACAUCACCCCUACUCAGGGAUUCAACAUAAAGAGCAUGCAGUCCCAGGGAUUUAAGCUAAAUGUUUGGGACAUUGGAGGCCAGCGCAAGAUCCGCCCGUACUGGAGGAACUACUUUGAGAACACAGACGUACUGAUCUAUGUGAUUGACAGUUCAGACAGGAAACGCUUUGAAGAGACCGGUCAGGAGCUAGCUGAGUUGAUGGAAGAAGAGAAGUUGAGCAUGGUGCCACUGUUGAUAUUUGCCAACAAGCAGGACCUGAUGACUGCGGCUCCUGCAUCAGAGCUAGCUGAGGGCCUCAACCUGCACACCAUCAGAGACCGGGUAUGGCAGAUCCAGGCCUGCUCUGCAAUUACCGCAGAGGGAGUACAGGUAUAA